AUGCUAGGGUUAAAGUUACCGACUAACAAAGCAAACGGAAUGGAUCGGCCACACCAAGCUCCCCCGACACCCCAAUCACAUUCUUCGACUCCAGCCAUAACCGACGGUCGUCGUGGCGAGUCUGGUUCUGGCCACAACGGAUGCUGGCGAGUCCGCCUCCACCCCAGAAGACGCCGACGAGUCAGCCUCCACCAUUGCAGACGCCAGCAAGCCUUAAUUUCUUGUAACUGUUUUUCGAUGCUGAUUCCGAUUCUGGCUACAGAAGACACCAGCCAGUCCGCCUCCAUCACAGCAGACUCCCGGCAAGCACUACAUUCCUAUUUGUGAAGACGCCAGCCAGUCCGCCUCCAUCACAGCAGACUCCCGGAAGCAACUUUAUGCAUUUUAAACAACUUCAUCUCAUCAAACCAUAAAUUGCAAUUAUAGUAACAUGUUUGUUCAUCAACAAAUGAUGAAAUUUCGUUGUUACAAAUGUCUUUGUUCAGUUUUAUGUUUUGAUCACAACACUGCAGCAUAAAAAUCAAAAUCCUAGAACGAAGCAUGUUAUUUUGAAUGGAAAUAGCCUCUGAUGUUAUAAUAUUUCAACUGCAGCCUUUGAACCCAGAAACCAUGAAGAACUUGAUGUGAAUCUACUUACAUUCUCCACUUGCUCUGUUUGAGAAACAAAAGAUGAAUAUGUUCUUACUUUUCUGUAAAGUUGGUGGAUUAGUUUAUGAGAAUUUCAAGUUCUUUAUGGAAUUCUUAGGAUAGAUGUUGGAAACUGUUGUUUCUAUGUUUUCAAC